AGGUAAACUUGACAAGUGCUUGUAUCAAAAACAUGACAAUUGAUGACAAUUUUGACAGCUCGCUUUGAAUGUUACUUUCUGCAAUAAAACAUGGUAAAAAACUCGCUUUCUUGCAGUCACGCGGAACUAUAGCUUUACGUCAAUUUUGUGAAAGAUCCCCUGGGUGACUGACAUAAACCAGAAAUGUUUGUUUAUCUGAGCAAGAAGAUCUCCAUACCGAACAACUUUCGAUUAAACUGCAUAGCAUGGAAUCAGAAAGAUGGAUACAUUGCAGUGGGAGGAGAGGACGGUCUUUUGAAAGUGCUGCGAGUAGAUUCUGAUGGCUCAAACAGCGGUGGAAAAUCCCGAGGCUUGGCCGCGGCGAGCAAUCUGAGCAUGAACCAACCCUUGGAGGGUCACAACGGGCACGUUCAGGUGGUGACGUGGAAUGAAGAGCACCAGAAGCUUACUUCGAGCGAUCAGAAUGGCGUCAUUAUCGUCUGGAUGUUAUAUAAGGGUUCAUGGUAUGAAGAGAUGAUAAACAAUCGCAACAAGUCUGUAGUGAGAGGCAUGGCGUGGAGCUGCGACGGUCAAAAGAUAUGCAUAGUCUACGAAGACGGAGCAGUGAUCGUCGGUUCUGUCGACGGCAACAGAAUCUGGGGCAAGGAAUUGAAAAAUGUGUCCCUGUCAGCUGUGCAGUGGUCCCCGGAUGGUAAGCUACUACUGUUUGGUUUAAAAAAUGGAGAGCUUCAUCUCUACAACAAUCAAGGCGUGUUUCUGACAAAAUUAAACAUUCCCUCAAACACUUCUUUAUAUCAGACCAUAGUGGCACUGCAGUGGUACGACGGAAGAAACGGUUACGUCGCUAUGGACUGUCCUACUCUGGCCAUUUGUUAUCGCAAUGGUAGGGUAGUAUUGAUGCGGGAUACGAGUGAUGACAAUCCGAUCAUGUUGGAGACAGGAGUGACUAUCUCGUGGUGCAACUGGAACAGCUGUGGCUCUCUCUUGGGAAUAACGGGCAUGAUGCCUAUGCUCAAUAACGGGGAAACAAAAGAUACGAACGUUAUACAAUUUUACACGCCGUUCGGCGAGCACAUGAGGACUCUGAAGGUACCAGGACGAGAAGUGACAUGUUGCACCUGGGAAAAAGGUUCCCUACGCGUCGCUCUGUCCGUCGACUCUCAUAUAUACUUUGCAAAUAUCCGUCUAGAUUACAAAUGGACGUACUUCAGCAACACAGUAGUUUUCACGAACGAGAAGAUCGGCAAGGACGGCACUUGCGUGACGUUCUGGAAUACAAGCAGCAACACGUGUUGCACUAAGUAUGUGAGAUCCCUGAUAUCGAUGGCCUCGUACGGGGAGCAUUGCGUGCUCUCUGUGAAAAAUGACCCGACUCAAGCCAUCGAGCAAUUUGCCCUCCUUGUCUGCAACACUAUCGCUACACCGAUAGACUCCAAGUUUCUGGAUCUGGAGCCGUUGUAUCUCACCAUGACCGCCAAUAUGGUCGUGGCCGCGUCCAAGAAUAAUUUCCUGGUGUGGAAUUUUCGCGCUCCUCGCACUUCGAUGCUACAUCCGAGCAGGAUGCGCAAGUACAAGAUCUAUCACGUGGACGAGACGCCAACCGGCGUAACCGAAGUCAUUCAGGAUUUGGAUAAAGACGGCGCGUUCGAGACGCCCAUUAACACGAAGGCGACCAUGGAUCCGAUUUCCUGCGUUUACGCCACCGAAAAGGUUCUCUUGGUCGGACGGGAUUCGGGGAUGAUUCAGCGGUACUCCCUGCCACAGAUAACGCUCGUGAACCGAUAUAAUACCGCGUGCAAACUCCAUAGAAUCGCCAUUAAUUGCGAUUCCACGCGCGUUUCCAUUCUGGAUGCCAACGGUAUACUCACUAUGUUGGAUCUGGAUCCUCAGAAGGCGCCAGAUUCGCGAGACGGAGACACGGGCGAGGAUAUAUCCAAGUUUGAGAGAAAGGACGUGUGGGCCAUGUGCUGGGCGCGAGAUAAUCCCUUGCUCCUGGCGAUUAUGGAGAAAACCAGGAUGUACGUUUUGAGAGGACUGGAUCCCGAGGAGCCUAUAGCUUGCUCCGGAUAUAUUUGUUCGUUUCAAGAUUUGGAGAUACGUUGCGUUUUAUUGGAUGAUCUCAUGCUGAAGGCCGAUGAUGUGCGAAAGGAUUUGAUCGUGGACUUGGAAGUAAAAUCUCUGAGAGAUACGAGGGAGCUGCUAGCCAAAGUCGGUCUCAGGGAGGCCAACAAUUUUAUCCAGGACAAUCCACAUCCGCGUCUCUGGCGUUUACUGGCCGAGUCAGCGUUGACGAAACUGGACUUGGAAACAGCGGAAAACGCCAUGGUGCGCUGCACGGAUUAUUUGGGUAUACAAUUUAUCAAGCGUCUGCAGAAUGUGCACAACGAUCAGCUGAAGAAGGCCGAGGUCGCGGCGUUUCUCGGCAACUAUGACGAAGCCGAAAAGCUGUACUUGGACAUGGACAGAAGAGAUCUGGCAGUCGCGCUGCGUCAGAAGUUGGGCGAUUAUUUUCGAGUUGUGCAGCUGAUGAAGAUGGGCAUCGGUGGCUCGGACAAACAGAUGGAGCACGCAUACAACAAGAUCGGUGAUUACUUCGCCGAGAGACAAAAUUGGGAGAACGCGAAAGAGUAUUACGAGAAGGGCAGAAACUUGGAAAGACUCAUUCAGUGCUAUUACAAACUAGAAGAUUUCAUUCAGCUCGCAGCAACCGUGGAUCUGCUACCGGACAAGAGUCCCAUCUUGAAGACGGUAGCGAGGAUGCUGGCAUCGGUAGGAAUGUGCUCGCAGGCGGUAACGGCUUACAUUAAAUACGGUGAUGUAAAGCUGGCCGUGGAUACGUGUGUGCGUCUGAAUCACUGGGAUCAAGCCGUCGAGCUAGCGAAGACUUACAAGAUGGCACAGAUCGGCGAAUUGCUGAACAAAUACGCCAAUCAUCUGUUGUCAAACGGCAAACGUCUACAGGCGAUCGAGUUGUACAAGAAAGCUAACUAUAACUUGGAAGCGGCUAAAUUAUUACUUCAUCUUGCCGAGGAGCAAGCCAAGUCCAAGUCGCACCCUCUACGCGUGAAAAAGAUAUACGUUCUGGCAGCGUUGCUGAUCGAGGACCAUAUCAACAGCGUUCCGGCGAUAAAAGGCGGCCGCAGCAACGUCGUCAUGGGUCUCAGUGAAAGCAACGAGGACACCAAGAUCAUAGAGAAUGCCUGGCGAGGGGCCGAGGCGUAUCACUUCCUCCUGCUCGCGCAUAGACAGUUAUACGACGGUAAUUUUGAUGCUGCAAUGAAGACCACCUUGCGAUUGAGAGAUUACGAGGAUAUACUGGAAGUAGAAGAUAUAUACUGCCUAUUGGCGCUGGCGAGCGCCGUUAACCACGCGUUCGCCACUUGUUCAAAGGCCUUCAUAAAAUUGGAAGGACUCGAGACGAUCUCAGAGACAAAGAAGGAGGAGUACGAGGAAUUGGCGGUGGACAUCUUCACGAAGCACACCCCGAAGGACUCCCGCAAUAAUAAGGCAGAGUGCGUAAACUGCGAGACCCUGGUGCCUGACUGGUGCAUCGCGUGCCCGAAUUGCUCGACCAGAUUUCCAGCUUGCAUCGUUUCAGGCAAACCGCUGAUGAAUCUCAGCAUCGCGUGGAUCUGCACGGUUUGCCGGCAUCACGUCGCAACGGAACGCGACGUUGUUAAUAUAAAUGCCUGUCCCUUGUGUCACAGCACUAUCACGUAUAUGUAGAUUACAUUGAGUAAUUUAGCAAUCUGUUGCACUUUUACUUGCCAAAAUUAAAUAGCGAGCUUUAUAUUUUAAUAAUUGUAUAGUGAGUAAAAAAUUAAUAUUCAGUUUUAUUUUAUGAAAUAUUUGACAAACGAAAUUCAGUUUUAUUUUAUGAAAUGUUUAGGAAACGUAAAUUCAACAUUAAUCAAAUGUGAAUUAAUUAUGAAGGUAAUUUAAAAUGUAAAAUUUAAAUAACAAAUGAAAAGCCGUUACAUAUUCGUGCCUUAAUAUUGAAUAACUGGAAAUAUUGGAACGUUAACAAGAAUUAUUGAUCUAUUUACUUUUUAAAAUAACGUGCAAUUUUUUCCCUUGUGCGGGCUAUAAAUAUUUUUUACUAUAAUCUCGUAUGUAAAUAGGAUUUUCAUCAAUUUUUAACGAUGAGUGCUUAUUUUUAUUUCCAUAUAUUUUACCUUUCAUUUUAUUUUACAUGAUAUUAUAUUGUACUUGUAUGCCAGUAUGGUAUCAAUAUUAAUCAGCAAUAGGUUUUCAUUGAAAUGAAAAAGCAUAUAGACAGAUUGGAAGCUCGAUUUUAUGUUAAAGUAAAUAUAUCUAGACUAAACGGCAAAAUGCAAUCUAAUGAGAAUCUAAUUUAAGCGAUUUGCCAUUGCAUGUGCAUUACAUUGUGACUAUGCACAUCUGCUAUUCCGUCCAGAACGUAAUGAGUCUUUAACGAGUGGGAUCUCAUUAAUUUUGUCAUGCUUGCAAAGUUUAUGCAAGUGUGAAUAGUUUGUUACGUAGUUUUGAUAUUGCAGUUAUGCAAUUAGAGAUUUUUAUUUUAGAUCUAAUAAUUGAUAACUUGUUAUUACCGUUAUUGUAUAACGUUAUUUCCUUUGUUUAAAAAACGUAUAGUGAUAUAAUCACUUAUUAAUUAUAAAUUCAUAUGAAGAUGAACUGUUAAUUACAUAUUUAUAUGAAGAUAAAAAAGAUGUAAUUAUUAUAAUGCAGAUAUUUGAUAUUAAAUUGAAAACUUAUACAUCUUUGCUUCCUUACAAAAUGUGUUGUAGAAAUAUAAAGAAUAUAUAUAAUUAUUUAUGUAAUUUGAUAUAAUCUAGUUUAAUAAAAAUAUAAUUUGAUAUGACAAAAUCUUUUAUAACAAGAGGAAUCAUUUCUUUUGUCUUUUUAUGUCAUAUUAAAUUUCUCGUUAAACUCUUAUUUUAAACUGUCAAUCACCCAAA